UUAAGCCAACUAAGGCAUAAAUGUUUUAUCUUGGUUAAUUUCAUAAACGACGCUUACUUUUUAAUCAGUAAAUUGCGUUAUUUGAAAAAUUUCAAAAUCAAAAUGAACAUCAAAAUUGACAUAAAUUUAUGUCGUGUGUGUAAGAAAGAAGAGCCCGGUUCAAACAUUUACACCGGCAAUAUUUUGGAAAAGUUUUUGUACACAACUCUAGUACAAGUUGAGAAAAAUGAUGGCUUAUCGGAGAUUAUCUGUAAGAAAUGUUUGGCUCGAUUACAAAUUGCCUAUGAUUUCAAGCGACAAGCAGUCGAAUCACACCGUGAACUUCGCAGCUUCAUAUCGAAUGUGAAUAAACAAUUUAAACAAGUCACUGGAACAAAAACAAAGCAAAAAGACGGCGAAAGUGAGUCGUACGAUGAACUGGAAGAUGAUAUGCAAGCGAUCAUCGACGAUGAAGUCGAAUACAAGGAAAUUGAUGUCGAAUUUUCGGAUGAUACCAAAAAGGCAAUUGACAGAGAACAAUUGGUUGAAAUAUUGGGCGAGAAUAAUGCGAUCACCAUACGAAAAACACGAGCGGUCAAAAUUCAAGAAGAUGCCAACAAUGAAGCACCUGAAAAUAUGGAAGUGUAUUUGGUGGAAGAAGGACAUGAAGGUGAAUCUGGAUUUAUACUCGAUGAGUAUGAUGAAAAUGGAGGGGAAUUAAUCGUUGACGAUGUCGACUAUUUGGAAGAUGAUGACAUUGACGACUUGUAUGAAACGGAGGAGGUCGUGCAAACGAAAAGAACGACAUCGAGAGCAAACAGAAGUAGUUCCAGCGUAAAUGCAGACAAUCGUUGCAAUAUUUGCCAGAAGACCUUCAGCACACGAACCAAUUUGACCAGACAUAAAAUCACACACGAAGGCCGAAAACCAUACGUUUGCCGAAUUUGUGGUUCAAGCUUCACACAAAAUGGUUCGCUCAAAUGUCAUAUGUUCAUCCAUACAGGAGAAAGGCCAUAUAAAUGCGAUCAGUGCGACAAAGCCUUCACCCAAAGCAAAUCAUUGGUGUUUCAUAAACGACGACAUACCGGUGAGAAACCAUUUCCCUGUGACGUGUGUGGCAUCCAAUUCCGGCAAAAAGAUGGCCUGAAGCGACACAUAGCUGCAAAACAUGCCGCACAACGGACAAAGAACCACAUUUGUCAUAUUUGUGACAAAGUUUUGCUGUCGAGACAUUCGCUAAAAGCUCACUUGACUCGACACAACGACAAAGACAUAGAAGAGAAAUUUAAUCAAUUGGAAAAACUCCAUAAGGCAAAUUCCACCGAUCCAAUGAAGGUUGCUAAAACUGAAAAUGAGAAAAUAGAAGAUUCAGAGACACCAGACGACUGGGAUGAAUUGUUUGCAUGCGAAUUUUGUGAUCAAGCGUUUUCAAACUCAAAUGAAUUGCUAGAACACCGUGAAACUCACAACGAAGCACAAGAAUAGUAAACAAAACCAUUUAGUUUUAAGAAUUAUUAUAUAUUAUUUAAAACCAAAAACAAAAUGUCCCAUCUUUUCAAAGCUAACCUACUUAGCUUGUACAUUUAUUACUUAGAAUUUAAAAUGUGUUAAUCGUAUCACAUUUUUUUUAUGAAAAUCCAUU